AUGAUCAACCUAAUCUUGUUCAUUCUGGACGGAUUCUCAAGCUUGUCCGGAACAGGGCUAGGCGCAAACUCCUUCCAAACAAGCACAACAACCAACCCCACCAUCCCAACAGUGAUCCCGAACAGCAAUCCCUGCUUCUUUCUGGCAGACUUAUCCAGUAGAACGGAGUUGACACUUUCCAGAGACAGCGGCUGGUUCGUCAUUGCAUACUGUGAAGCCGACAGCUCGAUCACCUUCCCAAAGUCGCCUCCGGAAACCUGCAAAUUCGAGAGAAACUCGAUAAGUGGCAUCAAGUUGUCGUUUAUUGUUUGCAUUCGGAUUGGCUCGCAAAUCAUCAAGUUCUUGGAAACCGACUUCCUCAGCAAUGACGAGUCGGCGUUCGAGUUGCCGGUGAGAAUGGGAAUGAAUGGCUUGUCGAUCAAGGUCGGAAGCAGAUAG